AUGAAGAAAAUCAGUUCUUCCUUAUGGAGCAACAGGAGUUGUUCAGUUUCCAUAGAGAGGAGCCCUAGCAAGGGAAAUCUUCAAACUAUGUUGGAUGAAGGGGAAUACGCUCCGUUUACAUCUACACCUAUUUUAGAGGGCAAUUUUAUUCAGGUCAAUAGGAGAGGAGAAUCUGUGUAUCUUCAUAACCGAGCCAACUGGGUGACUGUAGGCAUCUGUGCUUCCAGUAACAACCUCAAUGUUCCCAGUGUGAUGCUAUUGGCACAUCUGGAAUCUAACUCCAAGAACAAUGAUGAGCCAACAUUUAAUAAUUUCUUGAAUCCAACCUCUGAAUUUCAACUAGUACUCAGCAGGGUUUUCCCCUUGCAGUUUGUGACUAUUUCUGUUCAUGAUGCUCCGAAAAUGUGCCUCAAAGUAAAGCUGGUGAGUGGACGUGCCUACUACCUUCAGCUCUGUGCCCCCUCACAUAAACAAGAUAUUCUGUUCCAACGAUGGGUUGAGCUCAUCUCUCUCUUGAAGCCUCCUAUGAAAUCACAGAUGGUCACUGCCUUUACAGUAGGCCAGAAAGUUUCAAAACUCCAUGAGAACAAUGACAUAAUGAUCAGUUCUGAGGAAGAUAUUCAAAUAAAUAAUGAGAUAAUUGAGCAGCUAAAAGAUCCAGAAAGUGAUGCUAUCCAUGAGAAUGAACCAUCCAGUAAUAUUAUAAUCUCUGAAGUUACUUUUGAAGAAUGUCAGUGUAAAUCAAUAAUGAAUAACCAAACCAACAUGAAACAACGGGAAACUAUUAUAAAAAAGGAGAUAAAUGGUCCUGAUCUUGAUGAAAAGGAGUUCGUUGUUAUAAAGCCAGUCUCUAAAGCAAAAGAGCUCAGGGAUUCCAGAAAUGAUUUAGACACUGCAGGCUUAUUUAGUUUUUCAGUCUUCCCUUUGGUUAGCCUUUCCUUCCCCUUCUUUCCUUUUCUCUAAAUCAUUUCAUUUUCUGCAUUUUCUCACACUCACACUGUACCUCUCCCCUAGCCAAAGAUAACAAUGAGUAAAAUGAACUUUUAACUUCCCAUCCUAUCAAAGUCAGAUUUAUUUAAGCCUAAAAUAUGAAUCCUCCUCUGAUCUCACAAAGAAGACGU